CAAGUUAACUUCUUUUUUCAGGCGCAGCCCGCAGCUUACCUGAGCUCACCGACCUCUGCCCCCCACCCUAACCCUAAAGCGCACCGCCCGCGCUUCACGUGACAGCCGCCUUCCCCAAAAACCGCCCCGCCACUGCCGGCCCACUGUGAGGCCGUACAGCCAAUCGUCGCGGUGUCGGCAUAGAACGGAGGGAGCAGAGCAAGAGGCAUUCUCGUUUGUUUAUCAUAACAAUAGUAGCGGCAGGAGGAAGGUGGUGGAGGCGGCCGCAGAAGGUGUUUGAUUGAUAGAACACAGUGCUGAAGCUUUCAGAGGAAGAGGGAAAAAUGGGGAAGAAGAGGCCGAGAAAGGGAGAGUCCCGACCUGUGACUGAAGAGACCGGGAUUCGGAUAUCCAAUAUGCUGCAGCGUUUUCGCUUGUCAAAUGAUGAAGUAUACACAUUCAAUGAGGAAUUGUCCAACCAUGAACGUGCGAUUGUGCAUAAGGUGUGCAGGAAGAUGGGUUUGAAAUCUAAAAGUAGCGGGCGUGGAAAAGAGAGGCGUGUUUCUGUUUACAAAACUAAAAAGAAGAAGGAUGAGAAAAAAGCAAAUGAAAGUUUGUCUUUCCUGUCACUCUCUCAACAAACAAAGGAGGUAUUGCAAGAGCUAUUUACAACAUAUCCUCCUGAUGAUGCUGCAAGAAUGGGCAAAGCAAUGGGCAAACAAGUAGAUAACAGCGAUGCUAGAAAACGUAAGAAAGAUGAUAUGUUUCGGAAACCUUCCAUGAACAAGGCAGAAAUCGUGAAGAAAGUGGAGUCACUUUCUUCAAAAUUGGAGAAGGCAAACUUGAGAGAGGUUGCUGAUCAGAGGUCUAAGCUUCCGAUUUCAUCCUUCAAAGAUGUCAUUUUGUCGACUGUAGAAUCACAUCAGGUAGUUCUGGUAUCUGGUGAGACUGGAUGUGGAAAGACCACACAGGUCCCGCAGUUUCUUCUAGACUCUAUGUGGGCCAAGGGAAAGGCAUGUAAAAUAGUGUGUACUCAGCCUCGGCGAAUCUCAGCAACAUCAGUUGCCGAGCGCAUAUGCUAUGAACGAGGAGAAAAAAUUGGAGAUGACAUUGGUUACAAGAUACGAUUAGAAAGCAAAGGUGGAAGGAAUUCAUCAAUAGUCUUUUGCACAAAUGGGGUCUUACUAAGGGUGUUGAUCACCGGAGGUGUCAGUGGAUCCAAGAAAGAAAAUUUAGCGAAAGACUCGAAGGAUGCUGUUUCUGACAUAACACACAUAAUCGUGGAUGAAAUUCAUGAAAGGGAUCGUUACUCUGAUUUCAUGUUGGCAAUUAUAAGAGACAUCCUUCCAUCGUAUCCACAUCUGCGACUGAUACUAAUGAGCGCUACUAUUGAUGUCGAACGAUUUUCUGCAUAUUUUGGUGGCUGCCCUGUUAUCUGCGUGCCAGGUUUCACUCACACUGUCAAGGCAUUCUAUUUGGAGGAUGUGCUGUCAAUCCUAAAUUCAGAGCAGGACAAUCACCUCAAUUCUACUUCAAGUGGCCUUAAUGAAGAUAUCGAACUUACCGAGGAAGACAAGGCAGCUCUAGAUGAUGCUAUUAAUUUAGCUUGGAUGAACGAUGAUUUUGAUCCUCUCCUCGAUUUUGUCUCUUCUGAAGGGAAUGCAAAGGUUUAUAAUCAUCAGCACUCUGUGACUGGAAUGACUCCUUUGAUGGUUUUCGCGGGGAAGGGCAGAACAGAUGAUGUCCGCAUGCUCCUCACUUUCAGAGCAGACUGCCAUUUGAAGUCCAAGAACGGAGCAACAGCCCUCGAAUGGGCUGAACGUGAAAACCAGCUAGAAGUUGCAGACUUGCUCAGAAAGGAGCAGGAGAAUGUCCAUGCGAAUUCCAUGGAAGAAAAGCAGUUGCUGGAUAAGUAUCUUGCGACGGUUAAUCCCGAGUUUAUUGAUGUGGUUCUCAUAGAGAAGUUGUUGAAGAAGAUAUGUGCAGAUUCAAAAGUUGGAGCAAUUCUUAUCUUCCUUCCUGGGUGGGACGAUAUUAAUAAAACCCGGGAUAGAUUACUUGCAUCCCCAUUUUUCAAAGACCCGUCCAAGUUUAUUAUCAUCUCUCUCCACUCUAUGAUCCCAUCUGCAGAUCAGAACAAGGUGUUUAAGCGGCCUCCUCCAGGUUGCCGCAAAAUUAUUCUGUCUACUAACAUUGCUGAAACUUCCAUCACUAUUGAUGACGUCGUCUAUGUCAUAGACAGCGGCCGCAUGAAAGAAAAGAGUUACGACCCUUAUAAUAACGUAUCCACCCUCCAGUCUUCAUGGGUCUCCAAAGCGAGUGCCAAGCAGCGGGAGGGAAGGGCUGGGCGGUGCCAGCCAGGAAUUUGCUAUCAUCUUUACUCCAAAACUCGAGCAGCUGCUUUGCCUGAUUUCCAAGAUCCCGAGAUUAAGAGAGUACCGAUCGAGGAGAUAUGUUUGCAGGUGAAGAUGCUUGAUCCUGAUGGCAAGAUAGAAGACUUCUUGCUGAGGACAUUGGACCCCCCUGUUCCUGAAACUAUACAAAAUGCGAUACUUCUUCUUCAGGAUAUUGGAGCCUUGUCGAGCGAUGAGAAACUGACCCAACUCGGGGCGAAGUUGGGUGCCCUUCCAGUUCAUCCCUCGACUAGCAAGAUGCUCUUUUUUGCCAUAAUGAUGAACUGCCUUGACCCUGCUCUAACUCUUGCCUGUGCUUCCGACUAUAGAGACCCAUUCACUCUGCCAAUGCUGCCAAAUGAGAAGAAGAGGGCAGCCGCUGCUAAGGCCGAGCUGGCUUCUCUAUACAAUGGGCAGGGUGACCACCUAGCCCUAAUAGCUGCUUUUGAAUGUUGGAAGAGAGCUAAGGAACGAAGCCGAGAAUCGCAGUUCUGCUCCCAGUAUUUUGUCUCUUCAGGCACCAUGAACAUGUUGUAUGGUAUGAGAAAUCAGCUCGAGAGAGAGCUCUUUCAUAAUGGGUUUAUUCCUGAGAAUGCUGCAAGCUGUAGCAUAAAUGCACGGGACCCGGGAAUAGUCCAUGCUGUACUUGUUGCUGGACUGUACCCAGUGGUGGGGAAGCUGCUUCCCCCUGGUAAAGGAAGUAAACGACUAGUUGAAACUGCUAAAGGUGAGAAAGUUCGCCUGCACUCUCCAUCUACGAAGCCAGCCUUCUCCAAGGUCGGGGACCAACUGUUGGUUGUGUACGAUGAGGUAACACGUGGUGAGGGGACGGCAUACAUAAGGAAAUGCACAAUUGUGGGCUCGCUACCAGUACUGCUGCUUGCAACCGAGAUCGCUGUGGCUCCUGCUGAGGAUGAUGAUAAUGGAGGAGAUGGUGAUGAGAGUGACGAGGACGAUGAAGAUGAAUAUGAUAGUGAUGAUGGAAAUGAAAACGAGAUAAAUAAAAAUGAGUCAGCCGGAAGAAAUGGGAAAAGGGUGAUGUCCUCUCCUGGUUCGGCUGUUACUGUAAUCGCGGAUGGGUGGCUCUAUUUUGGGUCCACGUCGCUUGAUAUUGCUCAAAUCUACUGCUUGAGGGAGCAAUUACUGGAAGCUAUGCUAUUCAAGGUCACAAAUCCAUCUAAAAUUCUUCCUCCAGGUGUCAAGGCUUAUGUAUACGCAACAGCUCGCAUUCUAUCUUACGAUGGUCUAACUGGAAUCCCACCUCUAUCUAUGUCUGAUGAAGCUGAGACUGAUGAAGCUGUACAGGGAUCGAAAGCCCAGGUCAAGCGAAGUGGGUCCAUUAAUUGGAUUAGGAACCUCAUGAAUGAUGGGAACUCUAAAAGCCCCGGUGGGAGAGAUAUCCUUUCCUCAUUUAAGGGGAAACCGGACCGCUUUGGGCCAUCUAAUUAUGCUAUUCAACUGCCUUUUCCUUCGGCUCCCCCUAAUCCAGAGCGGGGGGCCCCAUCUUAUGGCCCGCCACAUCAAAGUAAAAGGCAGCCAUUAGCUUCAGCUUCCUCAGUUCCCCAACACAGACCUCCAUCUCAAGGUCCUUUGUCGGGUAGGCAUCGGAAAGGUCCAUCUAAUCAAAGUAAUUGGCGGCCAAUACAAUCAGCCUUGAUGGCUCCCCAACAGAGACCUAUACCUCAAGGUCCAUCAUCAGCUAGGAAUCACAAGGGGCCAUCCAAUCAGGGCAAUGGACAGCCAAUACGACCAGCCUCGUCAGCUCCGCAUCAGAAGCCUCUGCCUCGAGAUCAUUCUUUGGUCGGUUAUGGAUCAGGAAUGUAUGGGCCUUAUGGACCAAGAGGAGAUACUCUCAAGAGGCCACGUGGGAACAUGUCUGGGUAAUACUAGGACAAGAUAUGUAUCGUAUGGUUUGGUGUAGCUGAGCAGAGUCGCCGGGAGAAACGGAAUAUUAUACAGCAGCAACACCAACUCAUCGAUUAAAAGUCACUGAUGGGGAAGUUUUUCAGACUCAUUAGUGAUGUGGCAGAACUUUCCUGCUAAGGAUCUUCGCAGCAGUUGGUCUAUAACAUGGCUCUGUUGGAUGAGAAUUUUUCCCAAUUGCCUGGCUGCUGCCCACCCAGUUAUGCCCGAAGUCCGGCUAAUUGUACUUCAUGACCAGGUAUAUAUUUUCAUGUGAAAGUCAAUCCUGGUUACACGGAACAUACUUUGCAGAAUUCAGUUCUUGCCGCUGGUCGGGCUGACUCGGGUAUGAGAAGCUUCCAACGCUUCUGCUGAGGUUUGAUAGUUUAGCAGUAGUUCAUUAUUAGAAGAUUGAAUUUGUUUUGGUUUAUCCUGCAACAAUACUAGGUCCUCCUUUUAGAUAGUACUGAAAUAUCGGCGUUUUCGCCAUGAUAGAGCACCUCAUGCUAAUAUUGUAAUUGAUCUGUUCACUCUUGAAAUUAGACGCUAUCAUAUCGUUUUAAGAAUUGUUGAUUUCA